AUGCGGGCCGGUAAUCAGCCGGAUCGAGAACACUCAGAGUGUCUUCUGCCUGCAGUGCUCUGCCUUCUGCUCCGCCUGCAGCAGUACCUAUGUAUCUCAACGGGUGUAAUAGCAGGUGUGGCAGUGGCAGCACUAUGCGCUGUCGCUGUUGUUGCUGCUCUUAUCUUCUGCCUGUGCAAGCAGUACCAGAAGCAAGGCGGCUCUCUACGCGCCAAGUCAUCGUCCAACCACAGCGUGCCACCUGGCAUCUGCCAGCAGUACCCCCUCUCCACCGACAGUGCAGACAGUGCAAGUAGUGCAGACAGUGCAAGUAGUGCAGACAGUGCAAGUAGUGCAGACAGUGCAAGUAGUGCAGACAGUGCAAGUAGUGCAGACAGUGCAAGUAGUGCAGACAGUGCAAGUAGUGCAGACAGUGCAAGUAGUGCAGACAGUGCAAGUAGUGCAGACAGUGCAAGUAGUGCAGACAGUGCAAGUAGUGCAGACAGUGCAAGUAGUGCAGACAGUGCAAGUAGUGCAGACAGUGCAAGUAGUGCAGACAGUGCAAGUAGUGCAGACAGUGCAAGUAGUGCAGACAGUGCAAGUAGUGCAGACAGUGCAAGUAGUGCAGACAGUGCAAGUAGUGCAGACAGUGCAAGUAGUGCAGACAGUGCAAGUAGUGCAGGCAGUGCAAGUAGUGCAGGCAGUGCAAGUAGUGCAGACAGUGCAAGUAGUGCAGACAGUGCAAGUAGUGCAGACAGUGCAAGUAGUGCAGACAGUGCAAGUAGUGCAGACAGUGCAAGUAGUGCAGACAGUGCAAGUAGUGCAGGCAGUGCAAGUAGUGCAGGCAGUGCAAGUAGUGCAGACAGUGCAAGUAGUGCAGACAGUGCAAGUAGUGCAGACAGUGCAAGUAGUGCAGACAGUGCAAGUAGUGCAGACAGUGCAAGUAGUGCAGACAGUGCAAGUAGUGCAGACAGUGCAAGUAGUGCAGACAGUGCAAGUAGUGCAGACAGUGCAAGUAGUGCAGACAAUGCAAGUAGUGCAGACAGUGCAAGUAGUGCAGACAGUGCAAGUAGUGCAGACAGUGCAAGUAGUGCAGACAGUGCAAGUAGUGCAGACAGUGCAAGUAGUGCAGACAGUGCAAGUAGUGCAGACAGUGCAAGUAGUGCAGACAGUGCAAGUAGUGCAGACAGUGCAAGUAGUGCAGACAGUGCAAGUAGUGCAGACAGUGCAAGUAGUGCAGACAGUGCAAGUAGUGCAGACAGUGCAAGUAGUGCAGACAGUGCAAGUAGUGCAGACAGUGCAAGUAGUGCAGACAGUGCAAGUAGUGCAGGCAGUGCAAGUAGUGCAGACAGUGCAAGUAGUGCAGACAGUGCAAGUAGUGCAGACAGUGCAAGUAGUGCAGACAGUGCAAGUAGUGCAGACAGUGCAAGUAGUGCAGACAGUGCAAGUAGUGCAGGCAGUGCAAGUAGUGCAGACAGUGCAAGUAGUGCAGACAGUGCAAGUAGUGCAGACAGUGCAAGUAGUGCAGACAGUGCAAGUAGUGCAGACAGUGCAAGUAGUGCAGGCAGUGCAAGUAGUGCAGGCAGUGCAAGUAGUGCAGACAGUGCAAGUAGUGCAGACAGUGCAAGUAGUGCAGACGUGCAAGUAGUGCAGACAGUGCAAGUGAAUGGCAUGUGCAGCAAGCACCACCCGCACCUCGUGAAGCUCCUGGGAUACUGCGUGGAGGAAAGGCAGGAGCAUGCUCAAAGCAACCCACUGCUGAUCGCCCUCUCGUAUUUCUCAAGCAGCAGCAGCAGGAGCAACGGAAGCAUGAGGGGAACGAGGGGAGGGAGCGGCAGCGGUGGGGGGAAGGGGUCUACUGGUGGUUUUGUGGUAGAGCAAGUGUUGAUCUAUGAGCUCAUGGAGGGGGGAGACCUUGAGAGCAGGAUGCAGGCAGAAAGUGGCAUCAAGCAGCACACCGUUCUCCCUCCGCCCCUCACGAUUCUCAGGCGUGACCCCACCCCCAGCCUCCUCGCCCCUCUCCCUGCAGCAGUGCCUGGGCUGUCUGUUUGGGCCAAAAUCGCAGAUUUCGGACUGCUACGCUCCAACCCCAUGCCACCCCAGCAGCGCCAUCUCAUUGACACGGCAAGCAGCCCAGACACUGCUGUUACCAUCAUCAGCAGCAGCGGCAGCAGCAGCAGCAGCAGCACAGCGAGUGGAGUAUCGGAGUCGACUCGGGUGGUGGGCACACCAGGCUUUGUGGAUCCGGCCUACUUUGAGUCGCACAGGGCCACCCCUAUGGCUGACGUGCACAGGUGA